GGAGAGUAAUGGGUUUAGCAAAGAGCAUGUUGGAUGCUCUGGCAAGCCAACUAAACUUUAGUUACAACCUUCAGGCAGAGAUUCCUUUACAGCUGAGGUCCUACAGUCAAAACUUCUCUAUUUGUUAUCAAAGUGCCAUUGUGGGGCAGGUCAUAAGAAGAGAGAAGGAUAUCAUCAUUAACAGGAUUCUUCUGGAGGAUGAACAUGAAGAGCUUGAAUUCUCUUAUCCUUUUGCCAUGAGCUCCUACAGUGCCUUACUUAAGAGGACUGCUGCAGACACCCGUGUAGGGAUUGUAGUGAGUCCUUUCACUACAGGAACUUGGGUGGCACUGGCAUUAUCUCUUAUUGCUAUGACCAUUGCCUUCCACUGGGUUGUAAAAGGGACUGCAGUGAUUCCUCUUUUUCAUUAUGCAGACAUGUUUUCAACAAUGAUUUGGUUAACACGACCACUAGCUAACCAGCCAGUACCAAGAAUUGCUGAUGUACCUGGCUGUCAACUUAUUCUGUAUUUUUGGUGGGUAGCAGCACUUGUACUCACAACAGUGUACACUAGCAAACUCAUGUCGUUUGUCUUUUACCCUGGCGAUGAUCAUCUCAUCACUUCAAUACAGCAACUCAAAAAUUCAAAUAGACAGAUGUAUGCUACAGAUGAAGCAAUCUCUCUCCCACACUUCUUGAAGGAUUAUCUCUCAAGUAAACAUUUGAUUGUGAACCUAAUUGACAGUUACAUAAAGGAACAAGUCAUCAACAAUGAGGCAGUGUAUGUGGGCUCAACUUUUUCCAUAUUAUACCAUACUUCUAAAUGGCCCCUUAAAAACAUUUACUUUGUUCAGGAAAGAUUUGGGGCAUCAUAUGAAGUCUGGGCAUUUCAGUGGGGAACACCUUGGAAGCCUGUCAUUGAUAAAUACUUAAAAAGGUUGACUUGCUUUGGCCUCGUGAAGAAGUGGGAGAGAAAUGCUCUUAAUUUGCAUUAUAUUCUUCAUCCUCAUCAGGUAUUUGAUGGACGCGCACAUCCUCCAGAUACAAGCUCUCGUCGUAAUUUAAGUCUUUCUGAUUUCUCAAGUUCAUUUACAAUAUUAGGGGCUGGUUAUCUAAUAGCAUCUUGUGUUCUCUGCCUAGAAAUUAUAGUUCGUGCAGUUAAGAAAAUCUUCAAAAGUGACAAGUUAAACAAGGCUAAAACCAAGAAAACACUUGAUUUAAAAGAGGACAAUUUUACAGUGCCCAAUAUAAAGGACAUCAGUGUUUCCAAAGAGGAAGUCAGAGUUGUAAGAAGUUCAUCAGCAGAUCAUACAAGGCCUGAAAACUUGGCCUACUCUAAGAUAAAAGUUAUUAGGAAGAUAAAUAAUCAGCAUUUUAUUUCUGAUGAUAAAGAAUGCAAAAUUAAAAUGGUAGAAAGUGAGCCUGACAACAGCACUUUGGUGACUAAUACACAUGGCAGAAAAAACACACAUCACAGAUUGUUGACCUUUGCUGGGAAAGAGAGACUUCAUAAGUUAAAAAAUCAAUCAUUCUUUUUAGAUGAUAAAACAGACAAAAAAAUAAAGUAGAAAGGACUGGUAAAUUAAAAGGCUGCACUUUCAAGACUAAAACAGGCAGACCCCGGUUAUUGGCAACCUGGUUUUAUGUUGCUUGUCUAGUGGCAACGACAACCAAUUUUUUACGCUGAUAUGUACUGAGGGCUCGGUUAUCGGUGCCAGUAACAAGGAUCAGCACUAUUAUGACUGAUUUUCGGUUAUUGGCAAUUUUUGGUUAUAGUCAUGCAGUCAGGAACAGAACCCCCCCUGAUAACCAGGGACUGCCAUAUAGUACAGUGGAAACUCUGUUUUUGUAUGUAAUCUGUUCCACAAUGUCUUAAUGAAGUCUGAAAAGUAUGAAUUCCAAAACAAUAAUUCCCAUAUUGAAUAAUGUAAAUCAAAUUGAUGCAUUACAGACAAAAAUUUUAACAAAAAAAUACAUAUAAUAGAGAACAAACACAGUCAUACAUACAGAAAACAAGAAGAAAUAAAUAUGUCUAAUGAAAUGGAUAAAUAAACAUUUAACAUCACUCCUACCCUUAUGGAAGACUAGUUAGAGUAUGGAAGAUGGAGAGGAGGGGAGAGGGAGAAGGUUAAUAUUUGGAAAGGGAAUCCCCCUCCAGAAGGGACUUAAGGUAUCAAGGACCUAUCUUGGGUUACUUUUCUUCGUUUUUUUACUGUCACUAUAUGGGGCUACUUCCCCUCUUUGCAUUUUUACUGGCACUAGGGCCAGCUUGAGAGUCACUGGACCCCUGUCACAUACAAAACUAUCCAGAAACAUUUGUUUCUGGUGUGUGUUUUAAAAUUUGCCGAAAAUGAAAUAUGGCAUCACUCCACUUGGUAAACAUAUCCUUAAUCACUGAAGUAGGCACAUUAUGCCUGUUUGCUUUUAGAAUUUUUCAACCAGCCUCAGCUGGCAUUGCAUUCACUAACAGCAGCACUUAUAGGCAUUUUCUUACUGAGAUCAGCAUGCAACAACCCUGCUUUUUCACAAAUUAUUACCUCCAACAGUUUGCAACGAGUUCUUUCUUAAAUUCAAGUGUUUCUUGCCUUUUUUACAGAAGGGCUAGCGCUUGGAACUUUCUUUGGCCCCAAAACAAAUGCGGAAUGGGUCAUGAGAGAAAAUGGGAUGCCAUGUUUGGGUGUUUGGUACAGGCAUAGUC